AUGGCAAUGACAAAUACAGGUCCCACAGACAUAACUUCCUUUGCUUUGAAAUGUGGUUAUUGUUUUUACGUGACCUGUAGAGCUAUAGAAAAGUAAUCUCUGUCAUUUGAUAAUCUUCUAAUCCUUACUAAUUCCUUAGUAAUAUCUUAUAGUAAAACAUAGUAAGAUAAGCAAAUAAAGAAUCAAUGAAAUUUAUAUUCUUUUUUCCACAACGUAUAUUCUACAUAUAAAGAUUCAAAGUGAAAAUGUAUAGCCCAGAGAAAAAAUUUACAAAAACAUCAAUCUGUUUGUCAAAUUUUUGAUAAUCAAGAAUGUUAAAUAUACUGAUAAUCAACAUAUGUCAAAUAUAAUAAUAAUGCACUAUCUACAGUGCUCAUGUUAUUGUGUUUUGAUUGUUAAGUAUAAGUUAUUUGAUUGUUAAUUUAUGAAUUUUGUAAAAAUUAGGGAAAAAUUGCUUUGAAUGACGGUAUGAGUUGGAUCAUGCAUAUAUAUUUUCACUUAGAAUGUUCAACAAAAAUAGAACAUUUAAAUUGAAUUAAUACAACUUUUUAGCAGUAGUAUAUAUGGUUUUUAAUUUUUAAUCUUUUUGAUCGUAAUAAUACAUGUUCUUCUUUAUUUAAAGAAAUUAAAAAUUAAAUAUUGACAUUAGUAACAUUAUAUUUUUUUUUAAUUAUGUAAAUCUAAAUUAUGUUUUCUAAAAUGGAUAUAUUGGAUACUUGAAUAAGUUUCCGUCGCUUACUGAUAGUUAAUGGUACUGUGUGCAGUAGUUUGAUGAAUCUUUGUACAAGCAAGCUUUAAGAUUCAAUACAAGCCAUUUGAAUGCACUGUCAACAACAAAUUUUUCUAUUGCACUGAAAAUGUUGAAUUUCAUGCCGACAAAAGAAUAUUUACAAGAGGUCUUAUUCCAUUAUUUCAUUUUAAAGAAAAGUGCAGCUGAGAGUGUAGAAACUUAUAUUAAUCCUCCGUGUGAUAGAACUUGUAGAGAAGGAUUUCAAUUCGAUUUUAAGAAGACGACUAUGUUGUGAAAGACAAAGAACGCUCUGGAUAAUUUUCUUACACUAAGAAAAUUCGAAGAUGAAGAGUUGGAAACGUUACUAAGUGAAGAUACGCAUCAAACGCUUAAAGAAUUGUUAAAAUUGUUAAAUGUUGAUGAAUCGAUUGUAAGCAAGCGUUUAAAGCAGCAGGAUGUAUUCAUAAGCAAGACUACUGGGACUAUGUCAUAACUGUGUCAUAAGCCACAUGUUUUGAAAGACAGAGACGUUGAAGGACCGUUUAAUCAUAUGCAAAUUGUUGCUUGUGACAAAAAAUGGAUUCAUUACUAUACCUAAGAAGAAAGAAACCAAAGUCAUAUUGUGUAUUUGGUGGGAUUAAUAGGGCAUGGUGUAUUAUGAACUGUUGGAACUGCUGCAUCACUGCUAUUCAAAAAGCAAUGAUCAAUUUGAGUCGUGCGGUUGAAAAACGUCCAUGAUAUGCCAAAAGGCAUGACAAUCAUUUUUUAACAUGACAAUGCUCGACCACACUUAGCAAGACCAAUCAAGGAAGCAUUAGAUAUGUUAUCCCACCCGACGUAUUCACCAGAUCCCUUCAAAAAAACAAUUUUUUUUAUCAUGGGAUUCAUUUAUUUUUAUGCCUGAAGGCAAAAUGUUAACGACGGUAAAAAAUACUUUGCGCGAGGUGUUGUUUAUUUGUCUGUGUUAAUAAAACCUUAAGUUUUAACAAAAAACGGCGGGAACCGUAUUCAAGUACUCAAUAAUAUUUUUUGUUAAAUAAAGAGAAGUAAAUCAAAUAGUUUAUGUUUGACUCUUAAAUUUGUAGCAUUGAUAAUUACGAAAUAUAAUUUGUUAACAUGUUUUUAUUUUAAUUAUGCGUUUGUUUGAAAGAUUAAAUACUAUCACUUUUUCAAAUUUACUUAAAUAUCAAAAUUUGUAACGUGAUUGUUAGUAACAUAGAAGUACAGUAUCAUAAUGGUGACACUUCUUUUGUUCUUUAUCUAUGAAAUCAUAAUAUACAUUAAAUAAUAAAGAUGUUAAUCUUUUGUACAAUUAUUGUUUUAUCAUUAUUAUUGCAUUAGUUUUUUAUUAGCAAUACAAUUAACAAAGGGUAACAAUUUAAAAAAAAUGUAAUAUUUAUACAAACGGAAAAAGUAUUCAAUGUUUGCAUGAAACAAUAUGUAGUACUAUCUUACAAGACAAUUAUUUUAGUUUUAGAAUUUUGAAAAAGUGCUUCUUGUGUAUAUUUCAAGAUUUAGAACGUAUUUUACAUUGUUAUCAAUAAAAUGUAAAUAAAUGUGAAAUUUAUUUCAAUGGGUAAUAUUUAUUAAUAACAAAAUAAAAUUUAUGACUAGGUCGUAACAAUUAAGAAAUAAAAAACUGACAUUAAAGUAUUUUUCGAAUGUCUGUCUUUAUAAAAAAAUUUGUUCAUUAUGUUUCCAUGUAACUUUUACAAGUUCACUACUUUUCAUAUUUUUCAAAGAAAAAGAAAUGUUGUGACUAUUACAAAAUAAUAAAUAGUACAUUUUGUAUAAUUAAUUGUCAUUCUUACUAAUAUAUUUAUAUUAAUGAAUAUAAUUUAGUAAAGACAAUGUAGAAAACAUAUAUAUGUACAUUUCUAGUUACAUAUAUGGAAAAGAAAAUAAACUAUAUUUGUUUAUCCCAACAGAAAUAUAUAUAUAUAUAUAUGUAUAUAAGACAAUAAAUAUCUUGUAAUCUUGUAAAAUAUUGAGCAAGAAGAGAAUAUAGAAGAGCAAUUAAAAGACUGAUAAAGUUAUCUAAAGUGCUACGUUUAACGUGGCUUAUGUAAUAUUGUCCAGACCAAAGAAUAAUAUUGUAAAUACAAAGUGAAAGUUAUCAGUGAAGGAAAUAUUGAAUUUCAAACUAACUACAUGCGUAUUUUAAUAUAAUUGUAAAUAGCAUUUUUACUUGAAAUUUCAACGACAUACCUUUGGAACAAGUUUUUUUCUUAACAGCUGGUUUGUCCAUCGUAAUUUAUCUUUUUCCAGUGAAAAACCAAAGAAAUAAUAAGUGAGUCGCGAAUAAGAAACUAAGUUACAUAAAACUAAGGUAACAAAAAACAAUUAAUUAUUUUUGUUAGCAUUAAGUGUAACGUCCAGAGGCUCGUCAGCAUUUUGCGAAGGACUGAGCUCUUGUUGGGGUAGCUGAUGGAACAAAGUAGCAAUCGGUGUGUGUCGAGGUGGACCCUUCACAGUGAGAUCCAUCUCAGCUUCUUGAGGCCUAUCUCUAACAGUUAAAUUGAUAUCUCUUUCUACUGGACUGCCGCAUAUUCUUGGUGGAGAGCCACAACCACACUUCAUUCUCUCUGGAGACUUUUCACAGGUCAAAGAAUAUCUGAAACAUAACAAUUGCCUCGUUUUAUAAGAAUGAAAAUUCAGGAAUAAAAAGAAUCAUAAUGUCUUCUGUUGAAAAAUGUUGCCCAGAUGUAAACAAAGUAAUACUGAAAUAUUUGAGAUAAUAUUGGCAAUAAAGAAUAUCCAAGUAUCUAACUGACAUUAUCUAAUGCUGCAAAUAAGUAGAAAAACAAAAAUUGUCCAAUGACAUUUACCAAGGACAAACUUUUAUAUUACUGAUUUAUUCUGCAGAGGAAUGGUAAACGUCAAUUUGUUUUCCAGUAAGUUUUCAAUCAUACUCUUCUUUUUCGUUUCAAAUAUUUAUCACGAUUUUUCAAACGUUUAUCUUCAUUUAAAGUGUUGCCUUUGCACUAUUCCGUUCUGCUUCGAAAGACUACUAAUUCACAUGAACAAAAGAGUUGAAGAUAAAGAGUAUUCUAAAUUGUGAGGUUCCAUGUUUGCACUCCAAACUUCUUUGUAAUUUUUUUAUUGUGUGACAAUAAUUUGUUCCAUAAUAUUGAGAGCUAAAAUAGCGAAAUGCUUGCAUAUAUUAUUCUAUAUCUUUUAGAGACAUUCAAAUGAUUCAGAAACCAAAACAAUGUAAAAUUGGAAAGCUAAGAGCUUUCCUUUUCAUCUUUCACUAUAUUACUUCGUGCAGUAUUGUUUCUAUAUUUAUAUAAUUUGUUACUUUUUGAUUGUAAUAUCAUGUAAUAUUUUUUUCUAGUUUAGAUAGCUUUCAAUUAAAAUACAAGUAUCAAAAUUGCACGAAGUGUAAUAUUCCAUUUUAUUAAAUGUUUUUAGAUUUUUUUUUUUUGAGAUCAAAAAAAUCAACCAAAGUUCUAAUUUAAAACACACAUAUACACACAUAUACAGC